CGCGCCCCCGACGCACAGCCCGGCUCGGGAGCGGCGCGCCGUUGUCCUCCAUGGGGGCUUCGCAAUGAGCCUGCUUCCCCGAGACCGGCUUAUUCCAGCCUGCGAGCGCCGGCUGCCGCUGCUGCCGCUGCCGCCGCCGGUCCUUUGUUCCCGCGCCCGCGCAGCCCCCCGAGGACGAUGCUGCCGGCCGGGGAGGGGAAUCGCGAGCAGCACCGGGGCGAACCGGCUCGGGCCGGAGGAGGGCGACCGGCGCCGAGCUGCGAGGGCCGCUUGGGAGAAUAAGAAGAGCAGGCGCCGCGGCUGCCCUUUGCUCCCGCCACCCCCCAGAUCGAAUGUUUACCCUUGCAGAAGUUGCAUCUCUUAAUGACAUUCAGCCAACGUACCGCAUUCUGAAACCAUGGUGGGACGUAUUUAUGGAUUACCUAGCAGUCGUUAUGCUGAUGGUCGCCAUUUUUGCUGGAACCAUGCAGCUGACCAAAGAUCAGGUGGUCUGUUUGCCCGUCCUGCAGUCGGCUGUAAAUGCAAAGGUGCAGCCCAGCUCCUCGCCGAGUGCCAAAGCUACAAGCGCUGUUCCGGAACCCGAAACUACCGCAGCCCAAGACAAAGAAGCGCAGGGAGCGAGAGCUGUUUCUUUUGCACCUGUUGCCGCAACUGACAUACCUCUCAGCAGUUCUACCUUUCCACCAUUGCACUCCACUGUCGCCAGUCCAGAGGAGAAGGAGCAGGCAGAUCCCCUGGGCCGAAAAACUAACUUGGAUUAUCAGCAAUAUGUUUUCAUUAACCAGAUGUGCUACCACUUGGCUCUUCCUUGGUAUUCAAAGUACUUUCCCUACUUAGCUCUUAUACAUACCAUUAUUUUAAUGGUGAGCAGCAACUUUUGGUUCAAAUACCCCAAAACGUGCUCGAAGAUCGAGCACUUUGUCUCCAUCCUGGGGAAGUGCUUUGAAUCUCCGUGGACUACAAAGGCGUUGUCUGAGACGGCGUGUGAGGAUUCUGAGGAGAAUAAGCAGAGGCUGACCGGGGCCCAGUCUUUGCCCAAGCACGUGUCCACCAGUAGCGACGAAGGGAGUCCGAGUGCCAGCACCCCCAUGAUCAACAAGACGGGCUUUAAGUUCUCGGCGGAGAAGCCCGUCGUCGAGGUUCCGAGCAUGACCAUUUUGGACAAAAAAGAUGGCGAGCAAGCCAAAGCCCUCUUCGAGAAAGUAAGGAAAUUCCGGGCGCACGUGGAGGACAGCGAUUUGAUCUACAAACUCUACGUCGUACAGACAGUCAUCAAAACUGUGAAGUUCAUAUUUAUUCUCUGCUACACGGCAAACUUCGUCAACGAAAUCAGCUUUGAGCACAGCUGCAUGCCCAAAGUGGAGCACCUGACUGGCUACCAGGAGUUCGAAUGCACACACAACAUGGCUUACAUGCUGAAGAAGCUGCUCAUCAGUUACAUUUCCCUCAUUUGCGUCUACGGUUUCAUCUGUUUGUACACACUCUUCUGGUUGUUCCGGUUACCCCUGAAGGAGUACUCCUUCGAGAAGGUUAGGGAAGAGAGCAGCUUCAGCGAUAUUCCAGAUGUUAAGAACGACUUUGCGUUUCUCUUGCACAUGGUGGACCAGUAUGACCAGCUGUACUCCAAGCGGUUCGGCGUCUUCUUGUCGGAGGUGAGCGAAAACAAGCUGAGGGAAAUAAGCCUGAACCACGAGUGGACUUUCGAAAAGCUGCGCCAGCAUGUUUCCCGCAACGCCCAGGACAAGCAAGAACUUCAUCUCUUCAUGCUCUCAGGGGUCCCUGAUGCAGUGUUUGAUCUUACCGACUUGGACGUGCUGAAACUUGAGCUGAUCCCUGAAGCUAAAAUCCCAGCUAAGAUCUCCCAGAUGACGAACCUGCAAGAGCUACACCUCUACCACUGUCCCGCGAAGGUGGAACAAACAGCCUUCAGCUUCCUUCGCGACCACCUGAGGUGCCUGCACGUGAAGUUCACCGACGUGGCGGAAAUCCCGGCUUGGGUGUACUUACUUAAAAACCUCCGGGAGUUGUACCUGAUAGGCAACUUGAACUCUGAAAACAACAAAAUGAUAGGACUUGAAUCUCUUAGGGAACUGAGGCACCUCAAAAUUCUCUACGUGAAAAGCAACCUGACCAAAAUCCCAUCGAACAUCACGGAUGUGGCCCCACAUCUAACCAAGCUCGUCAUCCAUAACGACGGCACCAAGCUCUUUGUGUUGAAUAGCCUUAAGAAAAUGAUGAAUGUAGCAGAGCUGGAAUUGCAGAAUUGCGACCUGGAGCGCAUCCCGCACGCCAUCUUCAGCCUCACCAACUUGCAGGAGCUGGAUCUGAAGUCCAACAGCAUACGCACAAUUGAAGAAGUCAUCAGCUUCCAACAUUUGAAAAGACUGACUUGCCUGAAGUUGUGGCACAACAAAAUAGUCAUCAUUCCUCCUUCCAUUACCCAUGUGAAAAACCUGGAGUCGCUUUACCUCUCCAACAAUAAACUCGAAUCCUUACCGGCUGCAGUGUUCAGUUUACAGAAGCUCAGAUGCUUAGAUGUGAGCUACAACUCUAUUGCAGUGAUUCCCCUGGAGGUAGGCCUGCUGCAGAACCUCCAGCACCUGCAUAUCACCGGAAACAAAGUAGACAUUUUGCCAAAACAGCUGUUUAAGUGUACCAAGCUGAGGACUUUGAGCCUGGGGCAAAACUGCAUCACCUCGAUUCCGGAAAAGAUUGGCCAGCUCUUGCAGCUAACACACCUAGAGCUGAAGGGGAACUGUUUAGACCGCCUCCCGGCUACGCUGGGUCUGUGUCGGCUUCUCAGGAAAAGUGGACUCAUUGUAGAAGAUCACCUCUUUGACACGUUGCCUUCAGAGGUCAAAGAAGCGUUGAACCAAGACACAAACAUUCCCUUUGCUAAUGGGAUUUGAACAGAGGUAGAACUCCCAAGUGACUAACGUAGAUUAUAUUAAAAGUACACCUUGUUAUAAAAACCCUGUGUUGGGAACCCGGAACUCCUUUUUUGUAAGAAAGGACUGUUAACCGAGGGUGGUAGAAGCUUGUUUGGUGUUUGUAGUAUUUUGAAACAUCAUUUCCAAAUUUUUUGGAGGGGAAAGAAGGAAGGGGGGGAGGGAAAUCCUUAAACAAUCUUGAUUCUUCUUCUUUUUCCUUUAAAGAUGUUUGUAACUUGGAUGCUGCCGCUUUUGAAUGUUUACAAACUGCUCGCCUGCUUAAUGUACAUGAUUAAACUGGUGACCUUUUCUUACUAUAAAAAAACAUUUAGUGGCUCA